CACAGCUGUAGCGUGUGGCCUGCGUCUGCCAGUUUAUGACUUUAUGUGUUUAUACAAAAGAUUAUGUUCAAUGGUGCAUUUAUUUUUGAUCAUAUAUUAGUGUAUUGGAACUUAUCAAUAUUUGUGAGAAGAAAAGAUCAAAUUGUAUCCCAGAUGAAUUGAAUCACCGCUCACCAUUUCGAAUUUGGUGUCAUUAGAAUGUUGGUGCGGCUGUUUCGGCGUCACGGGGAGUUUUGUGCCAGUCACCCGUGGGAGGUGAUAGUCGGCACCCUCACUCUGACCGCUUGCAUACUGUCACUGGAUGACCCCUCCAAUCCCAACCCCAACUCCAGCCCCAAACCAUCUUCCACCCCCUCCACCACCUCCUCACCCUCUUGCGGCGGACUGCAUCGCCCUUGUUUAGGCAUCGAAGUGAUAACGGUAUUUUUUCGUUUUGUUGCAGGUAUUGCAGGGCUAUUCACUGUCUUUUCCAGUUUUGUAUUUACGUCCAGUGUUAUCAAUUUCAUGAGGAGUGACAUUUCUGAUCUCAAAGAUGCUCUGUUCUUCUUCCUGCUGUUGAUCGACUUGUCGAAGGCGACUGUGCUGGCGCAGUACGCACUGAGUUCGUCGAGUCGCGACGAGGUGAAGCACAACAUUGCUCGAGGCAUGGCGCUGCUCGGCCCCACCAUCACACUCGACACCAUUGUCGAGACACUCGUCAUCAGUGUGGGCACGCUCUCCGGUGUAAAGCGCCUGGAAGUGCUGUGUUGGUUCGCGUGCCUGUCAGUGGUUGUCAAUUACGUGGUUUUCAUGACAUUCUACCCAGCUUGUCUUUCGCUCAUUCUUGAAUUAUCGCGCAGUGAAGAAGCAGGACACCCAGCGUGGCAUAACAAAUCGCUGAUCAUGCGAGCGCUCAAAGAGGAAGACCAGAAGCCGAAUCCUGUCGUGCAGAGAGUCAAGAUGAUCAUGUCGGCCGGACUUGUCAUUGUUCAUCUCCACAGCAGGUUGGCUCUGAGAAACAUCGACCGCCAAGAACCAGAACUACCACUCGUUCAGGGAGACCACAUCAGCUCCAACCGAACUGAAGAUGCUGUUUUGCAAGGAUAUCUUAUGAGAUGGGUGCGAGUGAGUGCAGAUCAAAUAGUCAUCCUCAUUCUUUUGCUGGCUCUCACUGUCAAAUUCAUCUUUUUUGAAGACAAGGAAGAACUUGCCGAACAGAUCCUCAUGUCUGCUGAUGAUGCCGCUGCUGAACGCAACCUUGACUCGACAAUGCUGUCGCGCUUCAUGCCGACUGGCCUAUCGCUGGUGCUUGACUCGGCCAGUCUGGACUCGAAGCAGCCUCUCCAGUCGGCCACAGUGUCCUGCCUUCAUAAGCGUGUGCAGACUGAGACGGACCUCUCGUCGCCUCGACUCGACAAGUUGGUGGAGACUGACCUGCUGGCAGCACCUAGACUCGACAAGUUGGUGCAGACUGAUGGAGAGGCGAGGGAGGUGGCUCCGGCGGUUGGGGAGGCCGGUGAUGCGGCUGACGCUCAGUGUCGCACUUUUGAGGAGUGUGCGGCUGUCUACAAAGCUGACGGCUCAGCAUGUAAGCUGAAUGACGCAGAGGUGUGCUUGUUGGUGAAGAAAGGCCUGAUCGCCGGCUAUCAGCUGGAGAAGGUGGUCAACGACUGUGAGAGGGGGGUGGGACUGAGAAGGAAGAUUGUCUGCCUCGAUGCUGCCAUACCGGAGGCACUCAAUGAUCUGCCCUACAAAAAUUAUGAUUACGACAAGGUGAUGGGCGUGUGCUGCGAAAACGUGAUUGGCUACGUACCGGUGCCAGUGGGCGUGGCCGGGCCGCUGCGAUUGGACGACCAGCUGCUGCACAUCCCGAUGGCAACGACUGAAGGCUGUCUGGUGGCGUCCACCAAUCGCGGGUGUCGCGCGCUCAAGGACUGCGGCGUCAGGAGUCGUGUCGUAGCCGACGGAAUGACUCGCGGUCCUGUCGUGCGAUUUCAGUCCAUCACUAGGGCUAGUGAAGCAAUGAUGUGGAUGCAGCUGGACGAUAAUUUCAGGAAAAUGAAGGAGCACUUCGAUCAGACUAGCAGAUACGCACGCCUCAGCAAAGUCAACGUUAGAAUAGCUGGACGCCAUCUUUUUAUUAGAUUCGUGGCGACUACUGGCGAUGCGAUGGGAAUGAAUAUGGUCUCAAAGGGUACAGAACAUGCUUUGAAAUUUGUUCAGUCGAUAUUCAAUGAUAUGGAGAUAUUGAGUCUUAGUGGGAACUUCUGUGCUGACAAAAAACCUGCUGCAGUCAAUUGGAUUGAGGGACGAGGCAAAUCAGUAGUCUGCGAAGCGAUUAUACCGUCGAAAGUUGUUCUGACCGUUCUGAAAACAUCAGUGCAGGCGCUGGUCGAUGUGAAUAUUAGCAAGAAUAUGAUUGGGUCGGCUGUGGCCGGCAGUAUAGGAGGCUUCAACGCUCACGCAGCAAACAUUGUUACCGCCAUCUACAUUGCCACCGGACAAGACCCGGCGCAGAACGUGAGCAGCAGCAACUGUAUGACCCUGAUGGAGCCGUGGGGCCGAGAGGGCAAUGACCUGUACGUGUCGUGCACAAUGCCCUCCAUUGAGAUCGGCACCAUUGGCGGCGGAACUCAGCUGCCCGCACAAGCCUCCUGUCUGGACAUGCUCGGCGUCAGAGGACCAAACGAGACGUGUCCUGGAGAAAAUGCGAAUAAACUAGCAAGGAUAGUUUGUGGAACAGUUCUAGCAGGAGAAUUAUCGCUCAUGUCAGCAUUGGCAGCCGGCCAUCUAGUCAGAAGUCACCUUAGGCACAAUAGGUCAAGCACAACUAUUUCAAACGCAGCAGCGGCCUUCCCAGGGUUUGAGUUGCGGUCCAUGUCGAUGCCCUGUCAACUACCAAGCGACUGCACGUGACAGGCAAAGCGCAAACCACUUACCACGAAAAGAGACUGUGUUUAGCUGCCAACACUUAAUUCGAGACUGUUUUUAGCCAAAACAUCAGUGUUGCCGGAAUGUGUGAUGUUAUGACUUAAAUUUCUAAUUCAACUUGUAUGUAGUUUCUCAUCCACGAUAUUCCAGAUUCCAGUUGUGCUAAAAACUGGUUUAUGGACUAGUAGUAGAUUGAUUUUUUAUGAUAUUGAAAAAUCGUGAAAAUAUAUUUUUCUUUCGAAUAUUACUUUUCUCAGAAUCACGGGAUGUAAUACUAAGUAAGCUUUUUUAUAUUAAAAUAAUGAUUGGAAAACUGUCAUUUCCAUUGGAAGACCUAUAAAAUAAGUAAAUACCAUUCUAAUGCCAAGAAACAAUCAAGUCAUAAGCAACGUCAAGGUUGGUAAGGUACAGGUUUCGUCUGACCUGUAAGUUUUUUAUUAUUACUGCAGAAUGUUCGUCAAUGUCGAGGCAUUUCUAUCAGAAAACAUGACACUUUCGACAUGCUAGAUUUUUUUUUUGGUUGAUGAAGGAAUUCAAUAUGUUAUUAUAUAAUUGAAAGCACGUUUUCAAAUGUCAAAAGUUGUCGAAAUAAUUUUAUUUCGUCUCUGUGAAGUUUAAAAAAGAACAGUUUGGCUCCACCCAGUAUGACAUUCAAGUGCUAAAAUGCACUAGUCUACUAGUUGAUUCUAAUAAUAUUAGAAUUGUUAUAUUAUUUAUAAUAUAUUAUAUUAACUGCAAUUAGCUGAUAGAUAAGGCCGUUUUGUAACACUGCCUAUGCAACCUUGUAGAAUUGAAUAUUAUAUUGAUUCAUGGGAGUGCAUUUGUGUAGCAGAAUGAGGAAUUUGAAAAGUCAGAAUUUCACACAAACUGGCAACGCUUAUAUUUGGUCGGCUGUUAGUUUAAGUCUCAACUUGUUUCAUUCGGACUGUAGCCGCCAUCUCAGCAAGAUACACUUUGCAUGUCAGCAUUGAUAUUAUUAAUAUGGAAUGCUGACUUGCUAACAGUAUGGAGCGAAUCUCAUUAGCAUCCGCUUUCGUGUUUAUUUGUUAGCAGAGAUGUUUGUAAAAAUAGACUUUUCUCCAAGUAACAACGUUUACCAAAAAAACUGUUUUAUAUGAAUUUGAAUCUUCAUAAAGGUG